GAACAUAACCGAAUAAUUUGGCUCAAUAGAACACCGCAGUCAAUUAGAUUUUGUCGACCUUUGAAAAUCGAAUUUGUUAAGGAAACCACAGCCGUUAUAUUGAAUGAAAAAAAUAUUGGGAGGAGCAAAUAAGAGGUCUUAGUGAGCAUAAAUAUAUAUAUAAUAACAACACAAUAUAUAUCCAGUAUGAUAUGCAUCUGACCCUUAUUGAUGGAAAGGUUUUGAAUAUUGUAACGGGUACAAAUUCGUGCCAAUCAUGCCCUCUAUGCGGGGCGAAACCAAAACAAUUGUUAGAAAUUGCUGAUUUUAACUCAGCGUGUUUUAAAGUGACUGAAAAAAAUCUUAAGUAUGGAUUAAGCCCACUUCAUGCUUGGAUAAGAUUUUUAGAGUUUGUGUUAAGAAUAUCUUAUAAAAAUGAUUUAAAGAAAUGGCGCAUAAAGGAAGCAGAUAAAAAUCAAGUCGCAGCACGGAAGCAACAAAUACAAGAAAAGUUAUGGCUGGAAAUGGGUCUUAUAGUUGAUAAGCCCAAACAGAACGGUAGUGGAAGCAGUAAUGAUGGAAACACCGCCCGAAGAGCGUUUUCAGAUCCUAGAAAGUUUUCUGACAUACUAAAUCUCAAUUAUGAAGUUAUCAGGAACUUUCAUAUAAUAUUAAUUGCUAUCUCAUCCGAACAUUAUAUAAAUAGCGAUAAAUUUAGAGCUUUCUGCGUCCGUACAUUUGAAAUAUAUAUGAAUAACUAUUCUUGGUAUCCCAUGUCCCCAACUGUGCACAAAGUUUUGAUCCAUGGAUACCAAAUAAUGGAUAGCUGCAUAGUUCCUGUUGGUGUUCUCGGAGAAAACGCAUCAGAAGCUCGAAACAAAAUUUAUAAAAAUGACAGAAGGUCGCAUGCCAGAAAGAGCAGUAGGCUAAACAACAUCACUGAUGUUUUUCACAGGGCAUUAGAUUCAUCUGAUCCGCUUUUGUCAAGUCUCUGUCUUAAAAAAAGACAGAAGCUUCACAAAAAAUUAAAAUUUCCAAGCGAAGUGAUUGAUCUGUUUGCUCUGAUUGAGCCUCCGCAAAUCGCGCAUCAAUUUACAAAUGAAACUGAAAGUUUAGAAGCUGAAGAUGAGGAUGAGGAUGAUGCAAACAAUUUCGACCCGAAUAUCGAAUUGGAUGAAGAAAAUUAUGAUUAUUGAUGUUAAUUUUUGGAGAUGUGGGUAUCAACGGAAUGAAAAUACACAUUUUAAUUUUUUUAU